ACAUUCGGAAGUAAGCUUUCGGGGAAGAUGGGCAUCCAGUACCUCAGCAGUUGCCAAGGCACUCGUGCUAGCAUUCAUCUCCCUCGUGUUCCACAGAGGCUGGUGCUGCUCAGGCGUCCCAAGAGCAAGAUCGCAUAUCCUCGUAGCAGAAUUGUUGGUGCGCUCCCGCCGGGGCCGGUGCCCUGGCCGGUUGUGGGGAACCUUCCCGAGAUGGUACUCAACAAGCCGGCAUUCCGGUGGAUCCAUCGAAUGAUGGAGGACAUGGGCACCGACAUCACCUGCCUCCGCCUCGGCAGCGUGCACGUCAUCGCCAUCACCUGCCCAAGCAUCGCCCGCGAGGUACUCAGGAAGCAGGACGCCAACUUCGCCUCCCGCCCGUUCACCUUCGCCUCCGGCACCUUCAGCGGCGGGUACAAGGACGCCGUGCUCUCGCCCUUCGGCGACCAGUGGAAGAAGAUGCGCCGCGUGCUCACCUCGGAGAUCGUCUGCCCGUCCCGCCACCGGUGGCUCCACGACCACCGCGCCCACGAGGCCGACAACCUCAGCCGCUACGUCCACACCCUCGCCACCGGGUCUGCGUCGGGCGUGGACGUGAGGCACGUUGCGAGGCACUACUGCGGCAACGUCAUCCGCCGGCUAGUCUUCGGCCGGCGGUACUUCGGCGAACCUCGGCCGGACGGCGGGCCGGGCCUGAUGGAGGAGGAGCACAUGGACGCCGUGUUUACGGCCGUCGGGCUCCUCUUCGCGUUCUGCGUCUCAGACUACCUCCCGUGGCUGGGCGGUCUCGACCUGGAUGGCCACGAGAAGAUGGUCAAGGAGGCGAACUCGACGGUGAACCGGCUCCACGACACAGUCAUCGACGAGCGGUGGAGGCAGUGGAAGUCCGGCGAGAGGAGGGAGCUCGACGACUUCCUGGACGUGCUCAUCACACACAAAGACGGACAUAAUAUUUGCGGCGAUUGACAAUCCAUCAAACGCGGUGGAGUGGGUGCUGGCGGAGAUGGCGAAUGCACCGGAGGUGAUGGCCAAGGCGGUGGAGGAGAUGGACCGGGUGGUGGGCCGAGAGCGGCUUGUGCAGGAAUCGGACAUCCCGCAGCUCAACUAUGCUAAGGCGUGCAUUCGCGAGGCAUUUCGACUGCACCCGGUCGCCCCCUUCAAUCUGCCGCAUGUUGCGCUCGAUGACACCACUAUUGCCGGCUACCGCGUGCCCAAGGGCAGCCACGUCCUCCUCAGUCGCACCGGACUCGGUCGGAACUCGGCCAUCUGGGACGAGCCACUCCUCUUCAAGCCAGAGCGCCACAUUAAUAUGGCUGAAGGCGGCGAUGUGGUGCUCACAGAGAAUGAAUUGCGGUUCAUCUCCUUCAGCACCGGCCGUCGUGGGUGCAUCGCGUCAUCACUAGGGACGGCGAUGUGCGUGAUGCUCUUUGGGCGGCUAGUCCAAGGGUUCACUUGGAGUAAGCUGCCGGGAGUAACAGCCAUCGAUCUCAGCGAGUCACAGCACGAUCUAUUCCUAACCAAGCCACUGGUGCUGCAUGCAGAGCCCCGCCUGCCGAUGCACCUCUACUCCGUCAGUGACACCUGAUUAAUCUUCGGUCGGCCUGGGUUGCAUAACUAUCAUGAUAUCAUUUUUGUGCACAAAUGAAGGUUCUCGGAUUGAGUUAAAAGUAUACGAAGAUUAUUUUUGAAAUAUAUAAAAGAUAUCGGCGAAGAAAGCUACCAAGGGGGGCCAUCACGGAACGACGAGCUCGCGUGGCACGCCUACACCCGCAGCCCCCAGCGCCAUGCAGGCUCGUGGGCCCCUCGAACCUCCGUCACAUCUAAUUCCAACUACUUAAAUACCGUCUUACGGAGAGAAAAUCAGAGAGAAAUUGUCAUCGUGUUUUACGAGACGGAACCACCGCCACCUCCUGUUCUUCCUGGAAGGGCUGAGCCUGAAUUCAUCAUCGUCAUUAUCACAACCCUUCUCCAUCAAUAAUUUCAUGAUACUCACCACCGGGAGUGAGUAAUUCCUUCGUAGACUUGCUGGAUGGUGAUGGAGUUGGAUGGGAUUUUCAUGUAAUCGAGCCAAUUUGUUAGGGCUAGAUCCCUAUAUCCACUAUGUUAUGAGAUUUAUGUUGCUAUGACUUUGCUAUGCUUAAUGCUAGUCAUUAGGGCCCGAGUGUCAUGAUUUCAAAUCUGAACCUAUGUUGUUUCUAUGAAUAUGAGAUUGUUUUAGAUC